AAAACGGACAACAACAACCCCGAAGCCGCCGACCACGACGACAACGACUGCUAAACCCUCAAAUAUAGUGAUAGACUUCACUGCAUCUAUUUGCAUAUCAAUGAUACCAUGUAAUAUCUGCAAUAAGCCCAAGAAACCAGUUCCGAUUGUUCCGCCCGAAGUGGCAGGCGGUUCAACUGCUCCUCCGAAAGUGAAGACGACAACUCAAGUCACAGGCAAUGGCAAAGGAAACCCAACUCAAGCUACAACUAAAAGUUCUGUUAUCGGUCCCCCAACUGUGCCCAAAAAACCUCCAGGAAAAACAACUCCACAUCCAAAAAAGCCCACACAGCCCGUGAUUAAAACUACAACGGAAACUACACAAUUCACGACACCAAAAAUUGACAAAGUGGUAGUGAAUCCGGAUACGACUGCGCCUCCGGAGUGCGAUAGCGGAGCGUGCGUACCGGGGUUGUCAGAUCCAGACGACGAGACCCCGGGACCGAGCGACGCUGACAACAAUGCAGUAGACACCGAAGUCAACAUAGCCUCUAAUGCGAUGUCGAAUUUUCCCGACUACAAGGCGGGUGAGAUGUUCGGCGACGAAGUAGCGCAAAACUACAACAUGUCGGCAAGGUUCUCAUUUGUCAUCCAACUAAAACCACAGAGCUUAGUAUUGGGAACGGGGUGCUUCUACCUUAUAAUGAAAUGAUUCGGUAAAAUAUUCGAAGCUGAAAAACGCAGGAAAAACUCCUGUAUAUGCUACAAAUGAAACACUCAACAAACAAUUGGGACAGAUAAUGUAGCAUGUCGAAAGAAAACGUUAUUCAUCAACACCAGAAUGAAAAUGAUGGCAUUGGUAAGAAAAUAGAAGACAGGACAGAAACACUGAUUGAACGAUUCUGGAUGGAAACGAAUCUAAACAAAUCGACAGCAGGAACAAAGAAA